UCCACAACAAGGCAGUGGCCGUCUGCUGCUGUCAAAUGUCAUUUGUCGCCUGACGAGUGGAUGUUCUCUUGGUUAUCUUUCGUCGAUAGAGGCGACAAUAACAAAAUGUGGGACUCUCUCCUAACAGCGGGUGCUGUUGUCAACAGAGAAGGACUUGGCAGUGAAUCAGAAACAAUGGCAGAAUUGGCAGCGUUACUGAAGACUGACAUUCCUGAGGGCAGGAACAAUUUGGCUGACAGUCAUACAAACCUUGAGCGUGUUGCUGAAUAUUGUGAAAAUAAUUACUUCCAGGCUGAUGAAAAACGAAUGGCUCUAGAAGAAACUAAAAAUUACACUACACAAUCAUUAGCUUCAGUAGCCUACCAAAUCAACACUUUGGCUUACAAUUUUCUUCAGCUGCUUGAUCUGCAGACUGCUCAAAUGGGUGAAAUGGAAAGUCAGAUGAAUCACAUUGCACAGACUGUGAUGAUUCAUAAAGAAAAAGUGGCCCGUCGUGAAAUUGGAGUUCUUACUGCAAAUAAAAGUACCAAUCGCACUUACAAAAUCAUCGCACCUGCCAAUCCUGAAAAACCAAUCAAAUAUGUUCGUCGUGCUAUUGACUACAAUGCUUUGGAUGAUGUUGGUCAUGGAGUUCGAACACUGACAGGUGGUAUGCGUGGAAAGCAAAGAGGAUCAAGUGUAGGCAGUCUCCAGUCUAUGGGGGCUGCUCCACCAGCAGUUGGUCCAAAUGUUGGACCUGCGCCAACUACUAAACCCCCCACACCACCUCAAGCGGUGCGUGGCAUGGGCACACUCAGCAAAGGGUCAAGGGAAUACAGAACUCCUCCAGCUGUGGCACCACCUCAAGUUCCUAGCCAUUAUGCGCCCAACUAUCCUCUGGGCCAUCCAGGCCGUCGCGAACGCGGGCCUGGGUACUCUGCCCUUCCAAUGCAUGCUGGGGCAAUGCAGCCAGGGCACUCGCAUACACUUCCUCACCAGCAUCAUGGAGGACAUCAUGCCAUGCAUGCCACUAACCAUGCACACAACACUGGCACACUUGGUCAUCAUCAUCAGCAAAGGAAUGAGCAAACACAACAACAAAUUCAGCAGCAAAUGCAGCAGCACUUGCAACAGCAGCAGCAGCAGCAACAACAACAACAGCAGCAACAAAUGCUCCAGCAGCAGCAGCAACAACAACAACAGCCUCAACCGCCACCCCCAAUAAUGACUCUCCCAGAACCAGCCUUACCUCCGAUGAAUCUGCCUCAAGUGGGUCUGGUGCACCCUAUUCCUCAGACACCGCCUCCGAACACCCCUCCAGCUACAUAUUCUUCGGACCACCACAUGAGCAUGCCACGACAACCCUUGAAAAGUGCUCUGAAAAAUCCUGGGGGAGGACAACCAUUAAAAAGUGCAUUGAAAAACUCGGGAGCUCCACCAUCUCCUCUCGUGCUGAACAACUCACUAAGCUCUGCUAUGGCCGCGGUUCCCAGUGGUAUGCUGGGUCAUCACACUUUGCCUCACCAGCACCAUGGUCACCACAACUCUCACCAUGGGGGCCAUUCGCAACAUUACCGCUUGGGCAGUCAAACCCCUCCACCACCCCCUCAGCCUGAAGAGGCCGAGCACGCCCGAUUCGGGCAGCCAAGGAGCAUGAUUGUACCAGAACAGAUGGACUUGCCUGGAUGGGUUCCAAAGAAUUACAUUGAAAAAGUUGUUGCCAUUUAUGACUACUAUGCCGAUAAGGAUGAUGAACUAAGUUUCCAAGAGAGUGCUGUCAUCUAUGUACUCAAGAAGAAUGACGAUGGCUGGUGGGAAGGUGUCAUGGACGGUAUUACUGGACUCUUUCCUGGAAACUAUGUGGAGCCUUGUGUCUGAAUCUUCUCAGGAAAGAAUCCAUUCCAUUCAUUAUGUGUGCUUUAGUCAAAUUCCAAAAAAAGGAUCACAUGUUCUGUUUUGUUAACAAUUACGUAUUUAUUAUUUAUGCUGUCGUACACUUUUCAUUUGUUGUAUUUUCCAAAGCUGCGGCAAAUAAGUGUGCCAUGAACCUAUUGACUAUUGUCAGGCUAAUUAAUUUUUAUUGAAGUUUUGGUUGUGGUACAGCAGUGUGCCACAAUCUGUGUACUGUACCAUUAAAUCCAUGAUCAAUGUAUACAUUCUCCCCAGACAUACCUAGUAAUUAUAAUACUUUUUAUAUCAAUUCUUUCAAUGUAGUGUCCUUGGGAUACAUGCCUUGUUUCCUUUUAUACUUGUCUUUGUGAUUCAUCACAAAUUUCAUCUUUUUCUCAAUUGGUGUUUAUUGUUAGAUAAAUAUUGUUAAUCAAUUUAUGUUGGGUGUGCCUUGAGUGAAUACCAAGCUACCACUACUGCCAUGUAGCAGGUGCUCAUUUUGGUACAUAAUGUGGAACUUGCUUGUCGAGUAUUCUCUUGUUAUUACACUUUAAUUUUUUGUCUCAACGUAUACUUAAUGAAUUUUACAAGGAUUGAUUGUCCGAAUGUAAUCAUCAUUUCUUACCUAGACCAAGUUCAAUUUUCAUCAAAUCAGCAAGUUGUUUUUACAACUCAUUGUGAACGAGUUUCUUUGUUAUUUGUGUAAAUAUAUGAGUACAUGAUUAUUGUUGGCAUUGUUUGUUUCUUUUGUGCUUUUUUUGCUGGAAUUUUAUAUGAUUAGGGGAAUAUCGCUGCCAUGAAGUAUUAAUUUUUUUCACUUCAUGUCUAAAUAGGUUAUAUUAAACAAUUCUAGGUCUUCCAGUUCGUUUCCAUUUUUUGUCGUACAUUGAUGCUCCUUCUCCCGUCCAUUCAGUAAUAAAUGAUACAGACCAGA